GACAGGUUGUCACUCAGUACCUGACUCUUCCCUGCUGGUCUUGGAACUGCUUCUCCCUCUCCUACUCUACCUCUCCUUUGCUUUCUGUACACCAUGGCCUUCGCUGGAAAAUGGGAAACUGAGUCCCAGGAAGGAUACGAUGAAUUCUGCAAGCUCCUUGGCAUCCCUGAUGACAUCGUUGAGAAGGGUCGUGACUACAAGCUCAUUACUGAGGUGGUGCAGAACGGCAAUGUGUUCUCAUGGUCCCAGCUCUAUCCCACAAACAAGACCAUCAGCAACAAGUUUGUCAUUGACCAGGAAUGUGACAUGGAGUCUAUUGGAGGGAAAACGUUCAAGGAAAUGGCUUCCUGAAAUCCCUCAAGCAGCUGAUUGGUCGACUCCAUGGCUAAUUGGAGAGCU